AUGAGUCAAAACUUUAUUGAAAGUGUUGGUUCCAAAAAUAUUCUGCCUCAUAAAUCUGAAAGUAAUCUUAUAACUAAAUUAGAAAACUUAGAAUCAUUGAUUCAUUUGGAAAAACUAUAUAUAGGACAUAAUAAAAUAAGUGUCUUAGAAGGUUUAGAACAUAAUCUAUUGCUUAAGGAACUGCAUAUUCAAAGACAAAUAUUGAAUCCAGGUAGCUCAAUGUGCUUUGAUCCACGAACCAUGUACUGCCUUAAUUUGGAAGUUCUUCGAGCAAAUGAUAAUUUCUUUCCAAGUGCUGAUGAUUUUGUUGAAUGCUUGCAAUCUUGGUUAUAUUUAAAAGAGGCUGAAUUUAAGAGAUGCCCAGCCACAAAACUUAGGCGAUAUAAAGAUACCAUAAUUGGCAAUUCACAUAGAUUAGAAAUGCUCGAUGGCAAGCCAGUUUCUCAAAUAUCCAGGGUGAGCUUAAACAAACUUUUGGAAAACCAAGCAAAGGCCAAAAUUAGAGCCAAACAACAGUCACAUGAAAAAUACCAAGAUUUAAGAAAAUCCCUCUGUGAAGAUAAUAUUGAAACCUAUAUUAAUAUGAAUGCAGAAGAUUUCAAUGAGUUGCCAAAUAAUUCUUCAUAUAUAUCUUGGAACAGCUUCUAUUUAUCACCAUUAGUGCCAAGUAAUGAAUUGCCAGGAUUUUUACGCCAACAGUUAAGAGGCAGUGCAAGGACUAUCGCUCCAAAAUUUAAUAAAUAUUAA